UGACGUGAAUAUCCGGCGCCGAGGCAGUAGCCACACGUGUUGUUUUCAUGGACGUAGUUUAAGUGUGACAUUAUCUGUGUUUGAGUCCUUUAUACAACCGCAGCCACAAACAUGGGGAAGAAACUCAAAGUCGGAAAGAGCCGGAAAGAUAAAUUCUACCACUUGGCCAAAGAAACGGGUUAUCGCUCCCGUUCUUCCUUCAAACUCAUCCAACUCAACCGUAAAUUUCAGUUUCUGCAGAAAGCCAGAGCUCUGGUCGACCUGUGUGCUGCUCCCGGAGGAUGGUUACAGGUAGCGUCAAAGUUUAUGCCCGUUUCAAGUCUCAUUAUCGGUAUUGACCUGGUGCCCAUCAAGCCAAUUCCAAAUGUGGUGGCGCUGCAAGAAGACAUCACCAGUGAGAAAUGCAGACAGGCUUUGCGAAAGGAGCUGCAGACAUGGAAGGUUGAUGUUGUGUUAAAUGAUGGAGCGCCAAAUGUUGGAGCCAACUGGCAACAUGAUGCCUUUUCACAAGCUCAUCUGACUCUUAUGGCUCUGAAACUGGCUUGUGAGUUUCUCACCAAAGGUGGCACUUUUGUGACGAAGGUCUUUCGGUCCAAAGACUACCAGCCACUGAUCUGGAUCUUCCAGCAGUUCUUCAAGAAGGUGCAGGCCACAAAGCCACAGGCAUCCAGAAACGAGUCUGCUGAGAUCUUUGUCGUCUGUCAGGGCUUUGUUGCCCCGGACAAAAUCGACAGUAAGUUCUUUGACCCCAAACAUGCUUUCAAAGAGGUGGAAGUGCAGGCCAAAACUGUGAAGGAGCUUAUUCCUGUCAAGAAGCCAAAGGCGGAGGGAUACACUGAUGGUGAUCUGACACUUUACCACAGCUUCACAGUGACUUCAUUUCUCAAAGCUGACAAUCCUGUGGACUUCCUGAGCAAAGCCAAUGAGAUCUCCUUUGACAACCCAGACCUGGAGUCUCAUGCAGCCACCAGUAAUGAGAUAAAGCUGUGUUGUCGUGACAUUAAAGUCUUGGGGCGUAAAGAACUCCGCAUGCUGCUGAGCUGGAGGUCCAAGCUGCGAAAAUAUCUGGCCAGGAAACUGAAGGAAGCGGCCAAAAAGCCUGACCAGGACAUCGGCAUACGUUCUGAUGAAGAUUCAGAUGCAGAACCAGACAAGAAGAAAGAUGAUGUAGAUGAGGAGGAGAAUGAAGAGGAAGAGAUGGUGCAGAAACUGGCAGAGCUGAAAGCUGAAGAGGUAGCUGAGCUCAAAAGGAAGAAGAGGAAGCUGCUGAAGGAGCGGAGGAAGCAGAGGGAGAGAGUGGAACUGAAGAUGGACCUGCCAGGUGUCUCCAUUGCUGACGACAAUGACACAUCCCUGUUCUCCCUCAUCUCCAUCAAGAAGAAAAAUGUGCUGGCUGAUAUAUCCAAGGGAGACAUGCAGAUCGCAGAAACUCUAGCAGACGGAGAAGAUGACAUGCACCUGUCUGACGACGAUGAUGAUGAUGAUGAGGCAGAUAAAAUGUCCCUGGCAUCUGAUUUGGAUGAUGAGGACUUGGAAGAGGUGGAGCAGAGACAGGCAGAUUUGGAGAAGAAAGCACCAAAUAAGAAAGUAAAAUUUGCCAAGGAAGAGGAGGAUGAUGAAGGACAGGACAGCGGUUUGCUGGUGGAGCUGGAGGAAAAGGAUGAGAAGAAAGAGCGAGAGACCAACCUGUGGUUUAGCAAGGGCAUCUUCUCAGAGAUAGACCUGGAAGGAGAUGCAGAGAGUGAACUCCAGCAGACUGAGUUGCUCCGGAGCAAACCGACAGGAAAAGGCAAAAAGAGGAAAGCUGAAGAGGAAGCUGCUGAGCCAGAGGAGAAAAAAGCAGGACCAUCACAGGAAGCUAAAGAGGAGAGUGACAGCGACUCGGAUGACAGCAGUGAUGAUGAGAAGCAGAUUACUAAGAUGAAGCAGGCGAAGGGCGCUGGUGGGAAGUCGGGAGAUGCAGAAGAUGGCGACUUCCAGGUUGUUCCUGUUGAAAGCACCAGUAAGAAAGCCAGGAUCCUUGAUGCUGAAGGUUUGGCCCUCGGCUGCCAGAUUGCUACAUCUAAGAAAAGAGCCAGAGACCUGUUGGAUAACUCCUUUCAUAGGUUUGCUAGUUCUGAGGAGCCAUGGGAAGUACCAGAGUGGUUUAUUGACGACGAGCGCAGACACAGGAAGAAGCCUAUACCUCUCACCAGAGAGAUGGUGGAGGAGUACAAACAAAAGUGGAAGGAGAUUGAUGCCAGACCCAUCAAACGAGUCGCUGAGGCCAAAGCCAGGAAGAAGAGGAGGAUGCUGAAGAAGAUGGAUCAGGCAAAGAAGAAAGCAGAGGCCGUUGUCAACACAGUGGACAUCUCUGAGAGGGAGAAGAUGGCUCAUCUGAAGAGUAUCUACAAAAAAGCAGGCCUGGGGAAGGAGAAGAGAGAAGUCACAUACCUUGUGAGCAAAAAGGGUGUCGGCAAGAAGGUGAGACGGCCCCCUGGCCUGAAGGGAGUCUUCAAAGUUGUGGACGGUCGCAUGAAGAAAGACAUGCGCGGAAUGCAGAGGAAGGAGCAACGCUCUAAGGGGGGCAAAGGAAAAGGAGGCAAAGGCAAGGGAAGACCGUCAAAGGGUGGCAAAGGAGGAGGAGGAAGGGGUGGAAAAGGAAAAUGAGUUUGACCCUGUGAUGUUCCUGUUAACCUGUCUCUAUCUGUUAAACAUUGCCUCAGCUCUUGUUGGAGCCUUGUGUGGUAAGUCCCAUAGUGUUGGCUCUUGUAUGAUGGACAGAUGCUUAAAUGAACUUUGCUCACUGAUACAAAUACUUUUUCAACAAUCUUUGCUGAGGUUCCUUCAAACCCUAGGCACCUGAGCCCUGAUGUGGCCGUAUUACAGUGCAGGUGUUUUAAUUGCGUCUUUCUGAAGAUGUAAAUCAUUUCGCUUGAGCUCUUUGAAUCGUGUCGUUUGACAGGGGCUGAACUGUAAGUUUUAUACAACCAUAAAUAUGUGUUCAUUGUAUUCUGUAUAUAUUAAAGACCCAUCUUUGCAAUAAAUACUUAAGUUUGAAA